AUGUUAGACUCAAAAGGACUGUUGAGAGUUUGUGGAAGGUUGGAUUAUGCAUCAUUGGACACAGGGGAGAAAACUCCGGUUAUCAUUCCCGGAAAGUCUCACAUCGCUGUGUUGCUCGUUAGACAUCACCAUGAGAAGGUAGCUCACCAAGGCCGCUAUUUAACAGAAGGAGCCGUUCGUUCAGCCGGCUUCUGGAUCACGGGCGGAAAGAGACUUAUCAACAGUGUAAUUCAUAACUGUGCACGGUGCCGUAGGCUGAGACGACCCGUUAAAACUCAAAAGACGUCUGAUCUGCCUCCCUGUAGCGUAACGGCUUUCGCACCAUUCACGUACGUUGACACCUUUGGCCCCUGGUCUAUUUUGACUCGUAAAACAAGAGGUGGGGCGAGUAACUCCAAGCGAUGGGCUAUACUGUUUUUUGUUUAUAUACCAAAGAAGUACACAUAG